UUUCCUUCUCAUAACUCUGGACUGUCUGUCGGUCAGAUCUGUUCCGGGCGGCGGCGGAGGCGGGGCCUCACCACAUCCUGAAGAUGUACGACACCAACGGCAGCGUGAUGAACAUCUCCCCGUGGCUGGAGGCCAACAGCCAGGACUCGUACUACAGGCUGGAGGUGGUGGCGGUGGACGUUCAGAGUGUUGCCAUGCCGACGGAGCUGGAUAACAUGGAGUGCCGGCUGCAUCAUCUGGAGUCCAAGGUGAUCGAGGGCGUGGGAAAAGCUCCGGACCUCAUCUACGAACUGAAGAGUCAAGUGGAGUCGUUCAAGAGGAAACUGGAGAGCGUGGAGCACCUGAGCUGGAUGGGGCUGUUCAGGGACGACGGGGAGCGCCACCUUCAGGCCAAGUUCACCUCCAAACUCCAGAGCCCUCCGAUGAGUCUGCAGGAGGAGCGACAGAAAGUCCGCAUGCAGUUCCUCAACAUGAGUUCGCUGCAGGUGACAGAAGAAGUCAGAGAGCACCUGAAAACUCCCAUUUUUGACAACUGGCAGUGGGAGGAGGCGGAGAUGCUGGUUCUCCUCCAGGUGAUGUACACCGACCUGGACUUCAUGACGGCCUUCCACAUCGAGCUGGACGUCCUGCAGAACUUCCUGUUUGAGGUUUACUGUCACUACAACAACAUCCCCUUCCACAACUUCAAACACUGCUUCUGCGUCACCCAGAUGAUGUACGGGCUCAUCUGGCUCACGGACCUCAGGAACAAACUGAGCAGAAUCGACCUGCUCAUCAUGUUGACCUCCGCCCUGUGCCAUGACCUCGACCACCCCGGAUACAAUAACGUCUACCAGAUCAACGCUCAGACCGACUUGGCUCUCCGCUACAACGACAUCUCGCCUCUGGAAAACCACCACUGCGCCGUCGCCUUCGGGAUCCUGUCCAAGCCGGAGUGCAACAUCCUGAAGAACCUGACCUGUGAUCAGUACAAGCACAUCAGAGGAGGAAUGAUCAAGUGCAUCCUGGCCACCGACAUGGCGAGACACAACGAAAUCCUCAACAAGUUCAAAGUCAUGCAGCCGGUGUUCGACUUCACCAACAAGGACCACAAAGAAGUGCUGAUGAAGAUCAUGGUGAAGGUGAGCGACAUCUCCAACGAGGCCAGGCCCAUGGCGGUGGCUGAGCCCUGGCUGGACUGUCUUCUGCAGGAGUUCUUCAACCAGAGCGACUCUGAGAAACUCAAAGGGCUGCCGGUGACCCCGUUCAUGGACCGAGACAAAGUGUCCAAACCGUCCUCUCAGACCAACUUCAUCAGAUUCGUUCUGCUGCCUCUGUUCACCGAGCUCACCAAGCUGUUCCCCUGUUUGGAGCAACAUAUUUUGGAGCCAGUGCGCCGGGCGUUGGACUAUUACUCCACCAUGGAACGAGCCACUAAAGGGGAGGAAGACACAACCAAAGCAUGAGCGAGCGUCAUCUACAACAAUGUGUUCAAACAUAGACGAGAACAGUGAGUGAACGACCUGGAAAAUGAUAUUAUUUGGUCUUUUUGUUUGUGAUGAAAGUUAUUACCGCUAGAAGAAGUUCACAUAUGUUGGUUUGAUCUGAUAAUCACUGGUCUUUGGACUUUUUGGACUCUUUUCUAAAAUGUUUAUCAUCGUUUUAAAUGUUGUUAAAUUCCAGUUCUUCAAUGUUGUGGCGUUUAUGUCUAUGUUACACCAGUAUUAAUAAGCUAAACACAUGUUAACCCUUAAAGA